UGGACUUCUGGCUUAUUCGUAGUGUGUUGCCCGCGGAAGCGCGCCAGUUCCAGCACCGCCUUGCGUCCACCGCGUGGGACCUCUGUCGGGACAAAAGUUCCGGAACGCAAGGAAUCACGGUUGGAUUCUCUGGGACGGACGAUCUCAAGGCCGUGCUUCCUUCGACAAUCAAGCAGGAAAACAUGGAAGAACUCUUAGCGACUAAUGGCAGGCAGUUAAGCAUGCUCUUACGUCCAGAAAACGACACGUAUUUUAGCCUGAGCAAUCUACAGAUUUCUCGUGUUGUAGAACACUCCGCAAUGCUUGAGGAAGAGGCGCAAGCGCUGGAUGGCGGCUACGACACAGGAUUUGGCUGGGAUGAAACUACUGCUGUAGAUAAUGGAGGCUGUAGCAUCUUUCAACCUGGCUGCACUACUGG